CCGCCCUGCUCCCCUACGACCCCACCCACGACAGCCUCUGCUCGUGGGUGUCGCAGUGGACCCUGUCGCUGCUGGCGGGGGGCCUCUUCCGGGGCCGCGUGCUGAUGUACCCGGCGGUGAGCCUGUUCAACCCGGGGCACGGUGGGUACCCGAAGACGGACUGCAUGAAGCACCUCACAGAGGCGGCGGAGCGGGUGCGGCGGGCCGCGCCGCAGCGGGUGCGGAGCUGCUUCCCGGACCCACCGCCGCCGUCGGUGAUCUUCGUGGAGGGGAAGGUUCAGCUCGGCUCCUACCUCCCCUGGGGGAGUGUGCAGAAGAAGCUGGGGGUUAAUUACAGCGACGCCCGUCUAUCGGACAUCGCGCCGUGCGACGACGAGCCGACGGUUCAGGCUCUGGCGGAACCGGCGAGGGCUUCCUGGUGCCGCGGAUGUUCUUUGAAGCAGAUCAUCGUAUUGCUCCAGAUGAUGAUUGCCGACAAGCCGAUCCACCCUCCAAACUGGAACGAGCUUGGCGUCCGGCUUCUGUCCUUGGGCUCAGACAUUGGGACCGUCACCAGCGCGUUCUGGUGUUUCACGGUCGCGAGCCGCCUAGUUCAAGUCAGCGAGAAGCCCGCAAUCCACGAGGUCGACAGGAACGUGUUCGACACGCGCGCGUUCCUAGAAAAUCAUGGGGUGCAGAUCCCUGACAUGACCCAGGAGGCCGCGUGGCAGGAGCGUGGCGGGCCGCUGAUGGACAGGGUGCUGCCGCCCCUGCUGGAGCUGCCCGUGCCCGUCAGUGACCUGCCGGGCCCGGGCAUGGAGCGGGCGCUGUCGGACGUGAGGAUCCGCCACCUGGUGGAGCAUCUCACUC